AUGGACCCGGCAUUUUACAAGGACUUCAAAGUCUCUCGAGGACUUACUUACCAUUACUUCUACUCCCCGGCGGCGGCGGGGUACCCAACCCUCCUCUUCGUGCACGGCUUUCCUACCAGCUCGUUAGAGUGGCACAGGCAGGUGGAGUACUUCAGCCCCAAGGGCUAUGGUAUCCUUGCAGCAGACAACAUCGGCGCCGGCGGGACGUCCAAGCCAGAAGACCCAGAAUUUUUCCGCCUCGCCCUGAUCGCGCGGGACUUUGUCGACCUGCUUGACGCCGAGGGCCUCAACAAAGUUGUCGGGAUAGGACACGACUGGGGUUCCAUCAUCUUGUCGCGCAUGGCGAACCUGUUCGACGAGCGUUUCCACGCGUAUGCCUGGAACGCCGUAGGGUACUGGCCUCCGCAGCCGUCUCCGAUGGACAUCGACGCCCUCAUCGAACAAUUGAAGGAGCAGACCGGGGACCCGCGGUACGGCUACUGGAAGUUCUUCAAUUUGGACGACGCACAUGUGGUCUGUGACCAGAACAUCGACUCGUUCCUGCAACUUGUCUACCCUGAGCCCCCUGAGCUGUGGUUAGAAUGGCUCACCCCGGUGGGGAAGUGCCAGCAGUGGGUAGAGGAGAAUCGCACCACUGGAAUUCCUUCUUGGUUAACACAGGAUGAAUAUCAUACCCUGCGGGAGAUUGCUGCCAAAAGCGGUAUCAAGUCGUCGCUCAAUUUCUACAAAGCGGUGGUCAGAAACCUGAACGUCCCAGACGACGAGAAGAUCCCCCAGGAGGCCUGGAGGAUCAGCAAACCAGCGCUGUGCAUCCUUGCGCUUCGCGACGCUGCGGGCACGCCUCUGAUACAGAGGCCGCUUAUAGAUAAGUACCUCCCGCACGCGAAGGUGGUUGAGCUGAACGUCGGCCACCGGGUACAAUUCGAGGCGACCGAGCAGUUGAACAUGGAGUUGGGGAGCUGGAUCGAAGGGCUCGGUCUGCGAAGCUCUGCCUAA